AUGUACAUGGCUUCACCACCUCAUGUCUGCCUGCUCUUCCUCCUUAGCUCUCCUGGUGCAAUGGAGGACAUAUCAAGCCAGAAGUCAGGACAGGACAGAGAUGUGCUGAGCUCCCGAGCACCCGAAGAGAGUCCUGACAAUUUUGUACAUGUCAGAUUGGAGGAGUAUGAGCCUGCAGACUUCAGCACCAAGGAUUUAAUCCUUAAGAAAGCCCGAGAGGUCUGCAAGUGCCAUCAUCAAACCAUCAUCACCUUCUUCUGUCGGCUGUUCCCAGUGCUGGACUGGCUUCCCCGUUACAACAUCAAGAAGCAGUUGCUCGGGGAUGUCGUGUCCGGGCUCCUGGUGGGGAUAGUUGCCAUCCCUCAGUCCAUCUCCUACUCCCUCUUAGCCAACCAGGAUCCCAUCUAUGGAAUCUACACCAACUUCUUCUGCAGCAUCAUCUACGCUGCCAUGGCCACGUCGCGCCAUAACUUCGUGGGCUCGUUUGGCGUGCUGUGCCUGAUGAUCGGGCAGUCGGUGAACCGGCACCUCCAGCUCGCGGGCUACAGCGACAGCAGCGCCAGAGUCUCGCUGGAGGGCAACUCCACCUCCUCCAGCAACUCCACCGUCUCCACCAAUGGCACAGAGGCCUGUGACAGGAGCUGCUAUGCCAUCACUGUGGCCCUUUCCUUAAGCUUUCUGGUCGGUCUUUACCAGAUCCUGCUGGGGGUUUUACAGCUGGGCUUUCUGGCAGUCUACCUGUCAGAACCUCUGCUCAGUGGCUUUGUGACCGGCUCCAGCCUCACCAUUAUCACCUCGCAGGUGAAGUAUCUCCUGGGACUGAAAAUACCUCGUCAUGAAGGGGUGGGAUCCUUCAUCCUGACCUGGGUUGACCUUUUCAAAUACAUCCAGAACACCAACAUCUGUGACCUGAUCACCAGCAUCGUUGCUUUGGCCAUCAUAGGGCCUGUCAAAAGGAUCAAUGACCGGUAUAAGAAGAAGAUGAAGGCCCCAUUCCCCAUAGAGCUGCUGGUGGUCAUUGUAGCCACAGUAGUAUCUCACUACUUUAACUUUGAAGAGCGAUACAAGUCUGAAGUUUGUGGGGAUAUCCCCACUGGUUUCAAGAAGCCCACCCUACCAGAUAUAAACCUGUUUUCCACCCUGGCAGUUGAUGCUCUGCCCAUUGCUGUUAUUGGCUUUGCCAUGACCGUCUCCCUGGCAGAGAUCUUUGGCAAAAAGCACAACUACGCUGUCCGUGCCAACCAAGAGAUGAUUGCCAUCGGCAUGUGCAACCUGGUCCCUUCUUUCUUCUACUGCUUUGCCAGCUCUGCAGCCCUGACCAAGACACUGCUGAAGGAGUCCACAGGGACCCAGACCCAGAUCUCUAGCCUGGUUACUUCCCUGGUGCUGCUGCUGGUGCUGCUGUGGAUCGCCCCGCUCUUCUACGCGCUGCCCAUCUCCAUCCUGGGGGUGGUCACCAUUGUCAACCUGCGGGGCGGGCUGAGGAAGUUCCGUGACAUCCCCCGCAUGUGGCAGCUCAGCAAGCUGGACACAGUGGUGUGGUGGAUAACCAUGCUGUCCUCCACACUGCUCACCACCGAGAUCGGGCUCCUCGUGGGCGUCUGCUUCGCUCUGCUCUGCAUCAUCUUCCGCACGCAGAGGCCCAGGGCCACGCUGCUGGGCAAGGUCAGCAACAAGGAGAUCUAUGAGGACCAGUCCGCUUACAAGCAGCUCAGCAGUAUCGACAACAUCAAAAUCUUCCGCUUUGAGUCAUCCCUCUACUAUGCCAACAAGGACUAUUUCAACACUGUUCUCUACCAGAAGACUGGGGUAAAUCCUAACCUGUUGGCUGCUAAGCACCAAAGGGUAGAGGGCCAGGCAAAUGCAGACACAGGCAACAGCAAGAGCUUUUUUGGCAUCAGAUUUGGCUGCAUGAAGCCUGUCAAGAAAAAGACUGAAAAGGCUCCAGCACAUGCCUGUCACCCCUCCAUAGAUAUGCACACCUUAAUCCUCGACUGUGGGGCAAUGCAGUUCAUAGAUACUGUGGGUCUCUCGGUGCUAAAGGAGACAUAUCAUGACUAUAAGGAGGUUGGUGUCCAGGUGCUCCUGGCCAACUGCAACCCUUCCAUCCGGCACCGGCUGCGGGAGGGAGGCUGGGCUGCCGAGGCAGACAGCGGUGGUCAGGUGGCUUUCCACAGUGUCCAUGAUGCUGUGCAGUUUGCUGAACAGCAGUACCACAUGAGGCAGGAGGACAGCAAGGAGAAACGGAAUGCUCUCCUGGCCUCUGAAGACCUGAACCUCCAGACGUCUUUGUAGAGCUGUGUGUGAGGAAUGAUUUCCCAUGGGGAUGGGCUGGGGAGCAGUUUCUGAGCAGUGGGAGCAUGCAAAAAAGGAAAAGACUUUGAUGAACUGUCAGCAUCUGGCAUGGGGCAGAAGGGGUGGGAGCAAUGUGGAUUUCAGGAAAGGCUGACUACAGGUCAGUCAUCCGACAUGGGGACUCGUCCCUUCUGCUGAGCCAGCACAGGCAGCAUCCCACUGGCCUUGCCUCUGUCACUCAGGGGUGAGCCCUUGCUCUGGGCUGUGAAGGGUAUGCAGCAUUGCCAAGGACCAGGAUAGCUUUUCUUCCAAGAAACACAGCACCAAAGAUACGGUGCUGAAGGGAGCUCUGGCUCUGGCAGCCACUCGGGAGCCCAGGGAUGGGAGACUGCUGGAAAUAAAGUGCAUGGAAAAGGAAUCCCACUGGUGCUGCUCAAGAAGACGUUUUCUUGUGGUCAAAAGAUUAUUUCAAAUGUAUUAAAGAGCAUGGUGUGCCCAGCUGCUUG